AUGUCGUCUGUAAACGGAUGCCAAAGUGAACCAUCAUAUUCUGAUCGAACAGAAACACCUUCACGCAGUGUCACAAAUAUCAAGGAAGAGGCAGAGAAGGAGUACGAGCAGCUUCGAAGAAUUGAAGAGCGACUGAACCAGUUAGCAAAGACAUGUGUGCAAAGCAAUCUGCCUCAUGUUAUUCGAGAAAUACGAGCAACUAUCGAAAGUAAGCUGGCUGAGAUCCUCCCAGAAGCGGGUACAUCUGACGCGGUGCCGACAAGGAACCGUUUACGAACCAGACAAGAAGCAUUGCUGGAACUUGGUCAAUCUCCGGGUCCUAGUGCAGCUCGACCAGUUCACAAGAGAAUUAGCACUCCAGCUCAACAGGCUCGAUCGUCUUCCACCUCUCCAUCACAUACAGAUCCCAGUCGUGAACCAGUAGAUGCCAAGAAGAAGAGUAGUGAAGCAACACCGAAAUAUCAAGUUGAAGAGCAUGUGCUAAGUCGCAUUGCUGGAUUUGCUGCUGCAGUGGAAGCAUCUCGAAGGAAGCGAGUGCUUUUACCAACCUCUCUGGCUCGUGAGGAUGAUGUGACGGAUCGCGACUAUCUUGCUAGCAAGACAGACGGAGAAAUUCAGCGCAGAGAAGACGAAGCUUCCACUUCGAUGAGUAGGAGUUCGGCUUUGCAGUCAAACUGUGAAGUGGUCCAGAAGCAGCCGCCCGUAACCGAAUCAUCUGCUUCUGAUCAGGAAAAAAGGGAGCGUCGACGGGUUCUCAAGCGCAUUUAUGUAAGAAAAGGGCCACAGUGGGUACUAAAAAAAGUGGUUGUAGAGCCGACCGUUCCAAAUAGUUCUACCGAGGACGAACACACUUCAUCUUCUCACCAUAGUCGGGAAACCCAUAAAGACCAUGAGACCGAAGGAAUCGUAUCAAACAAAGAACCAAGGAAUGUAAAGCAUGUAAUAGUCAAAGCUAGUUCUGUUCCUCGCCUCAACUCCGUUGUGGAGGCAUCGAGUUCGAGGACCCAGGUGGAUCAAGGCCGGAAUGAGAUCAAAGGCGUUCCCGAAAACAGUUCUAUGGAACCACAAAAGAUCAUCGAGCGUGUCAUGGUCUCUGGUGAACGAUCAGUAAAGUCACCUGACCGGCGUAACAAAACGACGCCUCGUGAGGAUGCUUCCAAUGCAGCGAAGCAGUAA